AUGUCUGUUUGUUGUGUUAUCAUUGACCAGCUGCCAGAGAACGCCACCUGCCUGGCACUGUCAGAAGAUGGUCAGUACCUCAGUGUUGGCCACCCCAGAGGAUUGUCUCUUUGGUGUGCGUCUUCUUUUCGAUGUGUUGCAGAGUGGUCACAAGACAUGAUAGAAAUAACAGCUAUUCAGAUCACAAAAGUGGCAGAAAACACUUACUUGCUGGGAACAGUUGAUGACAUGGGUGUUGCCAGAAUCUUAAUAUUUUGGUCAGAAAUCAUUCAACUUCUCAGGAUCAUUAACAUAAUGGAGGAUAUCAGCAAUCGAAGUAUUUGCAUCACACUUCAAGUGUCUCAAGGAGGAGAUUAUGGAAUUGCCUCAAUGAGCUGCAAUGGUGCUGUUUGGCUUGAAAUAUUUUAUUUUCCAACCGAAUCAUGGCUCAGGGAGUUGGGAUUUGCUAUUUCUCAAAAAAAGGACUCCAUUUCCCCAAUAUUGUCAGAAGUCCAAUGGUCACCUGUUGCAGUGAUAAAUAAAAUCAAGCCACUACAUUGUGUAAUGGAUACUAUUUCAGAAAGUCCCUCUCAGUUUGACUCACAUUGUCUGGCCUUGGAUGGAAAAUGUAGUGUGGCAAGAGCCUGCACUGUACACUUUCUUCUGCCAUUAUCUGGGGAGAGAAAAGAAAACACAGACCUGCCUAAUGCUCUUUGUAUGUGGUGGAGUGAUAGCAAACAUCUUCUUCAGUACUCGCUCCAAAAAGCAACCAAAAGCAAAUCUGAUUUUCAUUGUUUGCCUGGGUUGUUGUGGCCAAAUGCAAAUAAAAUAGUUUGUUCAGCGGUCAGUGAAUGCACUCGCUACAUAGCCCUUGGUCUCUCUGACACUAUUGUGUGUCUUUGGGACAGAAACUUUGGCUCUCCAGUGUCUGUCUUGUCUAUGUAUGAUGUGGACAGUGCCUUUUUUGGGAUUCAUUUUGUGGAUUACUGUCCUGUGUCAGUGGAUGACUCCAAGCUCCAUCUUUUAGUAAAGUGCAAAAGUGGAGAAUUGUAUACAGUAAUAAUUAUAGGACGAGGAAGGGAAUUACGUAUGCUACAAUUGACUGAAAGGGCAAAAGACAAUGCUGACCUCUCGAUUGUCACUGCAGCUGUGCCAUUUCUGCAAGACUUGACACUUGUGAUUCAAAGAAAUGGUAAAAUGUACCUACAAGAUGUCAUCAAUAAAACAAAUGUGUGCUCUUUGAUACUACCUGCAAACCAUACGCUCGCUACCUCCUGCAAUCCUGUCUUUGCUCUUAACAGCCAACACCACUCUCUACUCAUCCAAGUUGUCAAGGAACCUCUUUCUACAGAAGAUGGCAAUAAUCAGCUUUAUAUUUUCCGCUUUGGAGAGUGUGAAAUCGUUAAGCCAUGCAUAAUUACUCCCUCAGACUCAAACGAACAGAACACAUGUCACUUUGUCACACUUAACGAUUUAUGCAACCAGCAUCUACAAGACAGCAGCCUUGUGGUAAAACCUUCGCAAUCCUUUUCUGAAGUGAAUGGUGAAGAGGCCAUAGAUGAUAGGGUCAAGACAAGCAUUCCCCAGGCCAAAUACAAAGAGGAUAUGAGUCAGAGACAGAGACACUUUCCCCUCCAAGUCAUCAGGAAAAAACCAAUACCACAGGCCCAGCAGGUAGUAUGGAGUCCAGCAAACAAUGAAUGACACCACGAUGACAAUACUCAUCUUCAGAGUCUUCAUUCGGGCUCGGGGAAUGUUGUUUUUGGAACAUCGCAAAUGCAUCUCAUUUGGUGGCACUAAAAUAUAAUAUGAAAUUUUUAGGUUGGUAUAAAUAUUGUACAGUAACAUCAGAGUUCAUAAAUGGGAUCUAAAACAUAUUUAUGAUGUAGGCUUUAUAAUGUAAGUAAUUGAACUUAAUAAACAAACUUACAGUUGUCUCUUUUUAAACGUUUGGAUAUUUCACAGAAGAUCCUGGUGUAACAGGUGAUCAUGAUGACCAGUGGCAGCAGGAACAAGCAGGAGAAGGUGAACAUGUUGUAGGCCGUCUCA